AAUCCAAGUGCCUGUACUCAGCUGUAGCCUGUAGGCUGUGGGCGGUAUCACCCGAAAUGUUUACGAUUUUUACGGCGAUUCACAGUGUCAGAUUAUAACAAAAGAAUUAUAAAUAUAAAUACGAUAGAAUAUGCUGGAAUAGUAUCAGCUUCUAACAAUUGUCUUAGCACAAUUUAUUGGUCUACAAUGAUGAUAAACAUCACAAUUUAUUAAUAUUUAUACCACAUGGCUCCAAGUCAGUUAUGUAUUGUUAUGGCAGCGGCCACCAGAACUAGUAUUAGUGUUCUAUUGUCUCUGCUGUUACCAACACGCGUGCCACGUAGUGGUCGAAUAUAGAACUACGAGUAGAAAUGACAAUCUUGGUUGUUGACAGCCUUGCCUUACAAAGACCUGUCUAGUUAUAUAAAGCAGUCACUAGAGUCAAUCAAGGAGCUCAAUGAGUUGUAUGUAUUUAUGUACAGCCUGUACCUAUACUCUAACCUUUGUCUAGAGUGUGCUCCUAGACGUGUGCGGUGUGGUAGGUGAUGGUACUAGUGAUAGAGUGAGACCACUCAGCCAGGGAGCGGAGCGGGUGAGGGUGUCGGAGGUGGUGUCCCCCUCCCACGGGUUACUCAUGUAAUCGAUUCAUCCAACGACUCGUCUACACACUACUGUGCGACACAUGAUACGUGAACCGUCUAACACUCUACUCUAGAGUCUAGAGUCGCCUGCUAGACGUGUGAUGAUACUAUAUAGAUACGGUAAUGACGAACUCUGGAGAUCGCUUUCAGGUUGGGAUCGAUAAAGUUAUACAAGAGAGAGGUGGUAAGCACUACAAAAACAGGUCCACACAAGUUAGCAUGAGUUGCUGCAGAUGUAAGUGGAAUGGUCUCGAUAUCGUCGCCAACUCGACCGUACAUAGUGAAUUUACGAACACGUUCCAACGUGAAAACAGGAAGAAUUUGUCGAGUUCGACUGAUGGCAGGAGUAUGCAAGUGUCAGGUUGCAAAUCGAUGUCAUGCGAACCAGUCUAUAACCGCAAAAAAAGGAAUGCACUGCAGGAGGACAACCCAGUUCCAGGGUUGGAAAAUUGCAUUGUCGACACACCGCCGAACCUCGCCAGGCAAGAGUGUGAUGAUAGCGAAAUUCCGGAAAAAGCACUAUCGAGCGGUGAGGGAUGCGCUGGCUAUCUGAAGACAAACACCACAGAUCCUGGAUUCCAACGAAAGAGAGGGAGGCGACAUAAAAGGUCCAGAGUGAAAAAACAGAACCAAGAUCUUCCAGAUAAACAGGAGACAGAUCCUGUUGAUUCUGCAAGCGCAGCACCAACACAAGUGGAGGAGGACGACGACGACGUCGAUGAUGACGGCGGCUUCGCGAAGGUGCAACGCUACAUCGCAAGCGUCCUGCGGAGUCGCGGCAGCCUGACCAGUGUCCAGCUACACGGCCACGCCAACCACCGCUUCGGCCGCACCAUAUGCGAGAAGCACUGUCGCAACCCCGCGGAGAUGCUGAAGUUAGCCGAGGCGAUGCGGGGCGUGAGGAUACACGAUGGCAACAUCAGUCUGGCGCCGAGAGGCAAAAAACCUCAAGGUAGGGGGGACACACCUAAAAAUACCCCUACUGGGGAGUCUACGGCUACAUCUCUCUGCCCGGAGAAAUGCGACGACAGCGGCUGUGUGCUGGAGGGCGCCACAAGAACCACCGACUCGCCGAGGACAGUGACGUCGAAGUCUUUGAACAAAGCUCCAGACUGGUGUCAGGUUGCAAGCGUGGCUUCUGGUGAGGAGAUAGCAGAUGGCACGACUGCACAGAAACCUGUUAUAGUAACACGGCUGGGCGCUGCGCGGGCGGCUGUCGCUGAACUUGAAAAGGAAAAGGUUCUGGCUGUGGAUGCAGAAGGAUUGAAUCUCAGGGUAGAGUGCAUGAUGACGCUCCUGCAGAUCGGUACCUUAGAUGGCAGGGUGUUCCUGUUUGACAUCCAGGCAAACAAGGACCUCGUGAUGAAGAGCAGUCUAAGUUCGAUCUUGAGCUCGCAGGACACAGUCAAGAUAUUCCACGACUGUAGGUGCGAUAGUGCUGCCCUCUAUUACCAAUUUGGCAUCGAACUCAAGAAUGUCUUUGACACGCAGGUGGCGUACGCGCUCGUGCAGGAGCAGUGCGGCGGGGAGCCCGCCAACGAGCAGCCUCGUAUAUCGCUCGGCAACCUGUGCGUGGAGUACGGCGCUGCUCACAACGGAUCCAAGGACGUCGUCAAGCUGCUGAUGAAACGCAACAAGAGGUACUGGUGCCAUCGACCACUGACCCGCCAGAUGAUCGAGUAUGCGUCGGCAGACGUGCUUGUGUUGCCAAAGUUGUACGAGGAGCUCAAACUGGAGAUGGACGAAUCGCUGCUGCCGCGCUUCCAGAAAACCUGUGUGCAGAACGUUUACGCGUCGAUCCAACCGGGCGGCUGCACGACGGAGCCGCGCGGCAGGAGCGUCGCAGGCGAGGAGCAGGUCAGCGCGCUGAAGCACAAGCUGGCCUUUGUAGAGAAGCCAUUUCUCACUAGGCGCGAGAUGAGACUCAUCCUAGAGGGCGCCAUAGACGUUGCCGACGACGACCUCAAGGACAGCGUGCGGGAGUUAGUGGACGGCGUCAGGUCGGGUGCGACGACCUUCAAAAGAAAACGUCACCGAGGACGAAAGGAAGACUUCUGGAACUGUGAGCGGAGGCCGAUGCCGGCACUGAAGCGAAUUCUCACGGGUCAACUCGAUGGACAAAUCCAGCAUCUGGCGGCUGUAAAAGGGGAGAGAUCCCCUGGAGACAUGCAACACAGCCAACCUGACAUCCAACUCCAUGUUCACGACAAUGGCGAAGACUGGGACAUGGAGUGUCGCUUAAAUGAAUCCAUCAUUGAAGAUGACACCAACUGGCUAGCCAACAACGAUAUCCAAUCGCAAGCUUAGUUUUUCGGAUGCAAACAAUCGUGUUCCCAGUCAGGUGGAUAGAGCUCCCUUCAACCAUCUUCCCAGGCAGAUAGAAGCAGGACAUCACAGUUGCAGACAUGGUCAAUGUUUUGAAGACCAUUGCUGAACAGUUUGUAAUUGGGCAUGUUAAUCGGAAUAUUAUUGUGAUGUUGCAAUAAUCGGAGUAUCGUUAUAAUGUUGAGAUAAUCGGAGUAUUGUUAUAAUGUUGAAAUAAUCGGAAUAUUGUGAUGGUGUAUAAAUAACCAGCUGGCCUAUGGCUGUUAUGAUGUACAGUUAUCUGAAGUGAUCCAGGAAAAGAUGGAUUUGCCUUAUUUUUAGCUCAUCUGACGUAGUCAGGUGCAGCUUGUAGAAUCGCACGAUUGUCCGUCCGUCCGUCAACAGUUG